UGGGCGUGGCGGACAAACUUCCCUAAAAAUGGCUCCCGUUCUCCCGAUAACUCGACAGGGUCAGAUCGCUCGUGCUGGACAACAGGAGAACCGCACACGGGAUCCACACGAUCUGUGUGUGUCUGCUGUCAGCGACUGCUGGAUUUAUGAUCGACACGGUGUGUGUAAAACCUUCAACAGUUUGCAUCAACACAGCAAAGCUAUCAUCGUUUUCGUGCGGAACUUCUUGUGUUACACAUGCAAAGAAUACGUGGAGGAUUUGGGGAAAAUACCUCGGCACAUGUUGCAGGAAUCGAAUGUUAGAUUGGUAGUCAUUGGACAGUCGUCGUAUUCUCAUAUCGAGGGGUUCUGCUCUCUGACAGGCUAUCCUCAUGAGAUAUAUGUUGAUCCAGAGAGACAGAUUUAUAAAAAACUUGGAAUGAGAAGAGGAGAGACGUACAUGGAGACGCCUUCCAACAGUCCACAUGUGAAGUCCAGUCCACUGAUUGGCAGUCUGAGAAGUAUGUGGCGCGCCAUGACCAGCCCCGCUUUUGACUUUCAAGGAGAUCCGCUGCAGCAAGGUGGAGCCCUUAUUGUAGGCCCAGGUCCAGAGGUUCAUUUUGCCCAUUUUGACAUGAAUCGGUUAGACCACAUGCCGAUCAACUGGUUGCUUCAGUUAGCAGGUCUUCACACAUUGGACUUCAGUGAUGGCCCGAAAAUCAUUGAUAUCUAAAAAAAAAA